AUGGCGCACCACCCCGCGCUCCAGUGGGUGUCGAACUUGCACAUGAUCGGGCGGGUGGCGGAGGAGGCCCACGUCCUCGACGAGCUGGGGAAGGAGGACUUCCAGCAGAUGCUGGGCCAGGGCCCCACCGGGAAGUACGGGCAGACUGCCCCUUUCGCGGAGGAAUCGGACAAGGUCAUCGACUGUGCUGCAGACACGCCGCAUUGCUCCAUCAAGGCGGAGGUGCCCUACAGGAUCCUCGACAUCUACGGAGAUGCGGCCCGCGACGGCAGCAACAAGUACCUCAUCCAGCUGAGGGACCCCGUUGCCCGUGCCAUCAGCUCGUGGACGAGCAAGUUCGACCUCCUUUCCCUCGAGGAGGGCUUCGUCGAAGGAGAUUCGGCCGGGGACACGCGUUCCCUUGCAGAGGCAAUCCAACAGGGCGAGCAUGGAAUGGCCGCGCUGAAUGACUGCGAGGGCAAGGAGCGACGGCUGGCGGCACCGUCAUGGGACCCCGAGCGACAGAAAGUGAUGGAGCUUGAAAGAUGUCCAAUGAGGAAUUUCCUCGGCCAUUCGCAAGGACUAUACUGGGCCCACGUCGCGAAGGGCAUGUAUGCCAGGCAGCUGGAGCGCUGGUUCGCUCUCGUUGGGCGAGAAAACAUCAAGGUGACGUUCCUGGAGGAGACGGCGGCAGAUCCCGUUGGAGCCCUUGCAAGCAUCUUCGAAUUCAUCGGCUUGGACCUGCUGGAUGAGGAAGGGGAAAAGGGCCUCCCUAACCGCGAAGCCUGGGAAAGUGUCGUGGCCACUGUUCACAACGAAACGGACGAGAAGAGGAAGACCAUUCUGGAUCAGCAGGUGACGCCCGAACUGCUGCAGUCUAUGCGAGACUUCUUUGCCUCCCAUAACGCUGAGCUGGAGGAGUUGCUCGGACGACCUUUGCCGGACAACUGGUCGACGGUAGCCUCUGGUUCCCAUUAGAGCGAACAUGUUUCGGAGAAGUAGACACUGACCGCUACUUCCCACUGAACGAUUCAGUAAACCCGACAUUGUUUGCCUGUAUUACGCGAGGUUCGUGUGCGUGUCUGGAGAGGAACGGUUGGUUGUGCGUCGAAGAAUGAAUAUUUCAUAGACCG